AAGCACGUAGCCGCGUCUCCACUUUCCGGGUCAAAAAAGGUUGAUCGGGUGAUGAUUGAUCGAGAGCAGCGUGUCGAGUUUUGUUAUUUAAGGCGGACUUGCUCUCCCCAGUCGGGAGAGCAAGUCCGUCCGUCAAGACUCUUGACGGACGGACCGUCGGGAGUCCCAAUCGAUCGGUCGGGAGUCCCGACCGAUCGAUUGACCGCCUCUGCCAGCGAUGAAAUUUUAACUGAAAGCCUUCGUAGCAACUGGCUACGAACACAGAGGAUUCGACUGGUUAACAGAGGCAGCCGAAUGAGAGAACUUAUAUGAUUUUUCCUGCUAAGCUUAUAGUGGAUAGAAAUCCCAGGCAGCGAAAACAUCCGACCUUCCCUGCUGAGCUUCAGUGUAUGUAAAAACAGACAGAAAACAUCUGACCUUUCCUGCGCAGCUUCAGUGCAUAGAAGAUUCAGACAGAGAAAAUCUACAAGUUUUCUUACUGAGCUUCAGUGGAUAGAAAAUUCAGACAAACCAUUCAAUCGGCUAAGGAGAAUGGACGAAUGUGCAGCGAUGGCGACCUCCACGCCUGACAUACCGGCGCCUGUGAGCACGAGUUAUUGUGUUCCACAUUUGACAGAGUUCUCGGUGGAGUGCAAGGUGCUGAAGUUGAAUGGUUGCUGGUUUACCGCCAAAGAUUCGCAGGGUUCUCUCUUAUUCCAAGUACAGCGCAAGUGGCCCAGUCUCCACUCCAAGCAUACCGUGUGCGAUUCCAGGGAGAGGCCCAUUGUCCAGCUGUCUAAGAAGCCUGGAGUGUGGCGCCCAAUAUGGGAAGCGAUAAGGGCAAAUGGUGACCAGCAACCAGUGUUUGUCAUGAAGAAGUCAAGUAUGAAUCCGCUAAGUACAUCUUUCGAUGUUUUCCUGGGAACAAACAUUUCCAUGAGCAGGCCCGACUUCAUAAUGAAGCGCGAUUUUUUUUCAAACAACUACACCAUUUGCUACAACGACGAGCCCAUAGCCCAGGUUAUUAUGAAACUAAGCUUUAGAAACACAAGUUACAUGGUGAUAGUUAAGCCUGGAGUAGAUCGAGCUUUCAUUUUACUCGUUGGUUGUGAUUAUUAUAGUAAUGAUGCAGGAAUUUCAAAGCAGGAAUCACUGACCUUUUCCUUUUACUUUCCUUAAUCCUCAUUGAAUAGCAGGUUCUUAUCACUUACAAUUGUUAAUAGAUGUUUGGAUCGGAUAACCAUUGUGGGUCAAGAUUCCACGGCCAUCACUGUUUACAUUUUGAAUUCCAAUGUCUGGUCUCGAUUUUGAGACUGAAAGUUGUGUGGA